AUGAAUAAUAUAUAUCCUCUCUAUGAAAAUAUAAGUGAAAAUGAUAAAAAUUUAAUUUCAGAAAAUUUAAAAAACAUACUCAGCAAUUUUCAAGAUAAAAAUAAAAAUUAUGUUUCCGAAUUUGUUGUUGUCAGUAGAACAAGAUUUUUUAAAUCUAUUGACAACGAUGGAGAAUUUUUACUGUUGCAGUCUGCUUCUCGUAUAAUAAGCAGUUAUGAAAAUGUUUUACGGUUAUUACAUAAAGCAAGAGUAUACUUGGAAUUUGUUGGGUGUUUAAAAUUGAAUGAUUAUGAUUUAAAUAAUAGCAAAAAAUGUGAAGAAGAUAUUUUAAAGUUUAUUAAUUACUUAGAGUCAAAAAAGAAGAAGUAUUAUCAUCAAAUGUGUGGCAUGCUGAUACAGCUUAUAAUAACUUCUCUAAAAAAAAGUAAUAAAUCUAAUGAUAGUAAAUCAAACGAAAAUGAAUUCGAAAAACGAAAUAUUUUUGAUAGUUACAAAAAAAAAAAUACUACAAACUAUGAAAAUAUUCAUGAUUCUACUUUGAAUGAAGCAAAUAAAAUAAAGGAAAAUAUUGAUACAUGGGAAACCAAUUAUAUAGUUGAAAAAAGUGUUAUUGAACCUUUUGAUGAAUUAGAAGAAUAUGGUGAUUAUCUAUAUGAAGUUUUAAAUCAAAUAGAUAGUAAAUCAUGGAAAAAUAAAGAAUAUAUAGAAUAUUUAAAAAUGAUUAGCUUAAACGAUGCAAUUAUAAAAGAUGAAAAUGAUAAAACACAAAUCUCCGAAGAUAGCAGUUUCACUAAUACUUCAACCUUAACCAAUAAUAUGAUUUUAUUACCAACAUAUUUAGAAAAUAUAAGAAAUUCUAUAUAUAAUCAUCAAAAUAAAUCAAUAAUAGAAGUGAAAUCGAUGAUUCAGCAUGCAAUGAACGAUCAUAUUAAAGCUCCAUUGUUUAAAACUGGUAAAAUUAUUAGUGAGAUGCUUCCUUCUCCAUAUUAUGAAAAAUACUAUUCCAACAUGCAAUGUGAUUCUUCAAAUAAGCUAGACACUCCAUUGAUACAAGAUAUGGUAUUCAAGUUUUUUAAUAUAAAUAAAAAUCAGAUGUGUAGUAAUGUUUCAAAUAGUUAUAUUAACUAUUAUAAUAUAUUAAAAAUUCUUUUAAAAGGAAUAAAUUCCAUAAAAACUGAAAAAGAGGAAAUACAUAUAUUUCUUAAACAAUUAAUGAAUAAAACAAAAAAAAAAUAUUCAUAUACCUGCAGUAAAGAAUCAAGAGAUAUGCAACCAAGUACUGAAGAUAAAUGUGAUUAUUCUUUAUUACCUCUACAUAUAUAUAGUAAUUAUCAUGAAAUAUGUAAAGAAGUAUUAAAAUAUGCUAUUUGUAGCAAUGAUUUAGUAUUAACACUGAAAAUAGUAGAUACAUUCUUAACAAUGGCAGUAAAUGAAAAUUCUUUAAAAUUUUUAAUUCAUUUUUUAAAUACAGUAGCAGAAUACAUAAUUAUACCUUAUUUAAAACAUGAAAUGAAAACAUGCCAUAAAAGUGUCCAUGAAAGGUACUCCACUUGUAAUAAUGCUGAUACUAAAACUUACGAAACAAAAUUAAAAGUUGAAAGUAAAAGUAAUAAUAAUGAAUUUUGUAAAAAUAACACUAAUUUAAAGAAAUUAAUUUGUAAAAUUCCUUUGCAUGAAUAUGAAUCACUAAAACUCUUAGAAUUACUUUCUUUACAAUACCCGAUGUUUUUGAAAAUUCAUGAUAAACCCCAAAGAUGUUUAAAAGGUAUUCCUAACCCCUGUGAAUAUUAUAGUAAUAUACUUCCUACUUAUGGAUCUUAUAUAUUUCAAAUUGUUGUUUCUUUUGAGAUUGACAAUUCCAUAAAAGUAUUAGAUGAAUUGGGAUCCAAAUGUAAAAUAUUGUUUCAAUUAACUGAAGAUGGAAAUAAUGAGGAAGAUCACAUAAAAAAUAAUUCAAACAAAAGCAUCAAUAAAUAUAAAGAACAUAACUUUUUAGAAAUAGAUUUUCAACAAAAUUAUAUGUAUACCAAAUCUACCAAGUCAAAAAGUACAAUAAAUUCGAUGAGAGAAAAACAGGUUGAAAGAACAAGUUAUGAUAAAUCAGAUCAAAUAAAAAAAAUUAAAGAUAGCAAUGAAAACACAUAUAAAAAUAAUUUUAUAAGCAAUGAUGAGUUUAUGAUAAAUGAGAAAGUUAAAACAAAAAGCAAUGAAAAGAAUAAACUUAUAAAUGUAUAUGAUGUAACAAAUAUGAACACAAUUGUAUUUGAUAUAUUGAUUGAUCAAGGAUGUUUUAUUAAUGAAGGAAAUACAUAUGAUUUUCAAAACUAUCAUGGUAAAAUAGUAAUUUAUUCAAAUGGGAGACGUUUAUUAUCAACGAAUAUAAAAAAAAUGGGUUCCUCAUUCGAAAAACAUGCUUUAUCCAAUAAUAAUAUAAGACUAAAAGUAUUUACUUCUCGCAGUUGCAGUUUUGAAUUCCCAAAAGAGUGUAUUUGGUCUUCAGCAUUUGUUGAGGAUUUAGUAAGCAGAAAAUUAAUUCCAGAAAUAAACAAAAAUUUUCUCCUUAAAAAUCCUAUUAGUGUUAUAGAACUUUACAAUAAGGUAUCUACUUCAUUAAAUCGCUAUUUAUAUCGUUUCUGUGAUUGGAAAGACAAUGAUUAUAAAAAAAUAAUUGAAGGAGAGACAUUAUGCACAUUAUAUAAUAACAUAGAUAUUUAUACAUUUGAAGAACUAGUUAAAUAUACAGAAAACAAUAAUAAAAUUCUUAAAACGUUAUUUAAAUUAACAAAAAACUGUGUGAUAGAAAAAGAUAGUAUUAAUGCCAAUAGAGAGGCAAAUGAAUUUUGUGUAGAUCAAUUUAAUGAUUAUCUAAAAAAAUAUAGAGAAGGUAUAUAUGAAUGGAAUUUAAUAUCUGAUUCUCAAAACUGCGCAUUAAGUAUUUUGAAAUUAUAUUUAAAGAAUAAUUUGAAUAAGGAGAACAAUAGAAUAGAAAAUAAUGAAAAUUUUUAUUGUUUGUCAGAAAGAUUAAUAAAAUCCUUCUUAAAGAUAAUUAAACUAAAAAGCCCCUUCAUAAAUAGGGACGAUUUCUAUGUAAAUAAAAAUUAUGAAAUGGAGGAAUUAGAUUUAAACGGAUGCUUAUGGUUAUUAAGGAGAAAUGUGUUUCAAAUACUUCUACAGGCAGAUAAAAUAAUAAUAAGUAACAUAUUUAUGAGGGUAAGUAUUGAAACCAUUUUAAAUUUACUCAAAUUUUUUUCAGAUAAUAAUAGCUUGGAUUCGCAAAUGAUAUUGAAAUUAUUGAAAUCCAUGGAAAAUAAAGGAAUUUUAGAAAUAAUGAUGAAACGGAUGUUAAGUGCUCCAUCUGAAAAAUAUUCAGGUAGCUACAAAUAUGUCAAAGUAAGUUCAACUAAUAAUUACUUAAAUUCUCAAAACAUGAAUUCUAGUGUAUUUUCUUCUUCUUCUUCUUCUUCUAAUUCCAAUCUUUAUAACACUAGUUUUGAUAAUUUAAACGAUAUUAAUUUGAUCAAUAAAAAAGAUGAAAAAAGAAAGAAAAGAAAAUAUUAUGAAAAAAAUAAGCAUGAAAUUGAAAGAUAUGAAAAAAGAAAAAAAAAUAUUAAAUCUAGAAUUAUUGAUACCACACAUUUUGGUCUUUUUGUUGAAGAAUUAAUUAGCCUAAUAGAAUGCCAAACUAACAAUGCUAUUAAUGUACCAAUUGUACAGAACAAUGAAGAAGAUAAUUUUUUAAUAGAAAAUAAAACAUAUGAUAUUAUCCAUAAAUUAUGUACAUUUUAUGAAGAUGAAACAAAAAAUGAAGUUUACCCAUAUUAUGAUUAUUUUGACAUCUGUAUAAAAAUAAUAAAUGAUAUAAAACAAAAAAGUAGCAAUGUAAGCAAUGCAAGCGAAGUAGCAUCUAUUUUUUUACGAGGAAUUGUUUUAAUGCUUACCACAUACAUAUUAACAAUAGCAAGUGAAUAUGAAUCUCCUAAAACGUUUUUAUACCAGCCUGUUAUACCAUUUUAUAAUUUACACAAUGAAAUGUUAAACAUAAAAACUGAAAAAAAAGAGAAAAUUAAUAUACAAGUAGAAGAUUCAAAAUAUGAAAAAAAACAAAAGUUUGCGCAAGAUGGAUUUAAUAAAUCAUAUUCUUCAACAAAUCGAAUCUAUAAUACUUUGACAAAUGAUUUUGAAGAUGCAAGUAGUUGUAACAGUAGAUAUAGUAAUUGUAUAAAUAAAAAUGAGCAUUUAUUAAAGUUUAAUAAUUGUGAUAAAAAUGAAAAAUCAUGGAUUCCGUUGAUUUCUAGCCAUAUCCCAGGUUCAAUAGAUGAUUUGUCAUUUUAUUCUGAUGAUUCAGGUUCACAAUUAUAUAGGAAUAGAAAUAAGUUAUCACAUUGCAUUCAAAAUAGUCUAGAAAGUGCAAAUAAUUAUAUAGGAGAAAAUGAAAAUGAAAAAAAGCAAAACGAAUCAUAUAUUAGCAAAGCGAGUUCUACAGUUUUAUCUGAAUACAAUUUUAGCUCCGAUGAAACUGAAGAAUUUUAUUUUAGAAAACAUUUAUUUUAUUUUAACGAAUCAAAUAAAGAAUUGCCCAAUUUUAACAAUCAAUUAAAUGAAAUUAUAUAUAAACUUUCAAAAAAGAAAAAAUAUGAUAAAGAUAGCAAGAAACUUAAAUACUUAAAAAAAAAAAUGAGAAAAUAUAAAAAUGAUUCAAAAAAAUUAAACUUUAUUUUUUCUCUUUUGGAAGAAAUACUAAAAAUAAUGUUAGGAGUUGGUCUACGUGUUUUAUCUAAUAUUUCAUACCACUAUUUAUACGAAAAAAAUGGUAUGCACAAAUUUAUAUAUAUAUUUGGAUCAAAAGUAAUAAAAAAUGACGUAAAUGAAAAAAAUUCAUUUCUGCAAUUAUGUGAAAAUAUGAUAAAACCUAAAAGUUUGACAUUAUUACAAGCUUGUAAUUUUAUCAUAAGUGGAAUAAUUCCCUGUUUAGGAUAUGUUACAACUCUGUUUGUUCAUAAGAAAAGCAAAAAAUACUCCUAUAUAAAGGAAUUAAACAACUAUUUAUCUUUAAAAAUGGCUUUAAACAUUUGGCCAAUGUUUUUAAAAAUAACUUUGCAAAGUUUGCUAACAUCUAGACAUUUAUCCUCUGAAAUGUCUGUUCACAAAGAUAAUUUGCAUCCCAUAACAGAAUGUUGUAUAAGUAUCACUAGUUUAGCUACUCAUUUUUUAACAUUUUUUACUAUUAUGACUGAUAAUUUAAGCAAAUAUGAAAUAUACAUUAAUAUGAGAAAAAGUAUGAAAAUGCCCAUUUAUCAUCCAAUACCCCUGAUUUUAAUUAAUUCUGCAAAGUAUAUUCGCAUUUCAUCCAAAAAAAAUAAGUAUUAUGAUUUUGAAAAGGCAAUAAGAACCAUACUGUUGCAACUUACAGAUUGUUCUGUAUGUGAUUAUGAAAAUUACGUUUUUAAUCAUUACAUAGUUCCUCAAAGUAUUUCAAAUUUUUUAUCAGCAACAAAGGAAGCAAAUGACACAACUCUAAUUAAUGACCCCUUAUCUAAUAAAUUAACAACUAAAUUAAAUCAUGAUGAUAAUAUUAUAAAUAAAAGUAACUUACUGGAAAAUGAAUUUAUUAAAGCAUAUCAAUCAACAUAUGAAGAUGAAACUUCUAGAAACAUUUACAAAAAAGGAAAUUUGAAACAAAAAGAAGGAAGAAUUAAAUGUAAUAAAAAAAAUAUUGAAUUUUUAAAGGAUUUAAUGAACAACGAUAAAGAUGCUAUAAAAUAUUUAGGAUCAUUUUAUCGUGUAUUUCAUAAAAAUUUUGAAAGAGCUCAAAUAGCAUUUGUGGCUGUGUUUUUGCAUCUUAUAGGUUAUAAUCAUAACCCAAUAAGGGAUACUGAUGAAAAUUCUCCAAAUGUUGAUAACAUGGGAAAAAAAGAAAACAUAUCAGUAAAUGAAACCAUGGAACAUAAGAAAAUAAAUUUAGCCUGCAAUUUAGCUAGGCAGGGAGUUGUAGAUCUUAUAUCUAAAAGCCAGACUCAAUUUCAGAAAAGAAACCUAGAACAUAAAUUAUCCUCUAAAUCAAAAAUCAAUGAAAAAAAACAAAAUGAAAAAAGUUUAGAAUAUUUUGAAUCAGAUAAUAAAACAUUCGAUGAAAUGGAAACAAAAAUUCAUUCAAAUAAUGAUUUGAAAAGUUCAUUAAAUACAAGAAAAAAUUGCACAUUUUCUGACAAUAGUGGUAAGCAAAACGAUUUUCUUUUAGAUAAGAAUAAGAAACAGAAUAUCUUGUCUUACGAGCAUGAAAAAGAUGAGUUCAGUUCAUUCAAUUUAAGUAAGGAAGAAUUAAAUUAUUUAAAUGAUACAUUACCUAAUACAGAAAAAUGUAGUGAUAAAAGUAAUGAAUUUAUAACAAUGGACUUAAUAAAGAAAAAAAGAGAGAAACUAAUAGAUAAAAUAUUAAAAAAAUGUGAAUGGAUAAUAAAUACAUAUCCCUUUGGUUUAUGCUCCAUAGCUGUAAAGGCUAAUUUUUCUCAUGAAUGGGAUGAGCAUUUUGUAUUUAUGCGCAGAAAUUCCUAUGACAUACCUAUUACUGUUAGAAAAAUUUAUUCAGAUAGAAGCAAUUACCAGAUGAUUCAAGAAGCUGCAACAAUGCCAACAUUUGCUACUUGUUUAAAAGCAAAUGUCUCCUCUAUGAGUUAUUUGGACCAAUUAUUUGGUCACCAAAAAAAAAUUGAUGAAAAAUUGGAAUAUAUGCAAUUUAGUACAGAAAACAUUUUCGGUAAAGCAACAACGAAAAACUUGUACCUUUUAAAAAGAUUAUUAAAAACAUAUAAAAGAAAUGUAAAUAUAAAAGAACCAAAUAAUACAGAUAUUAAGUAUGAUAAACCUUUUUUUGAAAAUCAUAAACAAUUAAAUACAUAUUUAUGUAACAAUAAAAAUACAAACUUUUCAAAUAGUUGUCCUAGUUGUGAUAGUGGAAAUUAUUAUAAUGAUGAAUCGAAUUAUUAUAUGAAUUACAAUUUUUCUGAUAAGAACAAUGUUCAUUCUAAUAAUUCAUUAGCAUUAAAAUGCAAUAUCAGUUGUAAAAAUAACAUUAAAAAUAGUGGAGAAUUAUGGCUAAAUUCACGUACUAGAAAUUAUAUUUUUCAGCAAGAUAAGGGUGUACAAAUAGAAGAACUUAAUUCUAACAUUGAUAAUGAUAAAUAUGAUUGCUUCUUUCUUUCACUAAAAUCUCUUGAUGAAAAUGAUUAUAUAAUUAGGAAUGUGCAUAAUACUAAAUGGGAUAAUAGCACAAGUCAUAUUACAAAAUACACCCAUUCUGUAUUUGAUUACGAUGAAAAUUCAUAUGAUUUCAAUUUAUCCGAAAUUAAUAAUAAAAUAAAUGGAAUUAUUAAAUGCCAAAAAGAAUCAUCAGUGAAUAGACAAGAAUUUUUACAUGGAUAUCAAGAAGAAAUGAAAAAUAUACACUCUUCAAACAAAAAAAAAAGUCUUUCAUCGUUUGAUUAUUUCAAAAAUAAAUAUCAUCAUAUGAAUUCAAAAGAUAUAAUGAUAAGUAAUAUAUUUGAACAAAGUAUUGAUUCUAAAGACCUACUACAAUUAAAGGAGAUAUUAAAUUUUUUAAUUAAUGGUCCUGAUCUUGAAACAGUUCUAAAUGUUAUAAGAAUAGAACAGUUAACUUCUUUAUGUAGAUACUUAAUAAGUAGAAGUUUAAAAUCAAUGUUAUGUGCAGGAAUUUUUGGAGGAAUUAGAAAUCCAAUAGUAAAUGUAAGUAAUAAAAACUUUUUCUCUAAUAAGAGGCCACAAAAAGGAUAUAAUUCUAAUUCUGAUGAUGUCAGAAAAAAAAAAAAAAGUGAUUAUGAGAAAAAUACAUCCAUUAAUAAUCGAUAUAACGUAAAUGGGAAAAUCCAAAAUGAAUCACUUAUACCAAGUAGUAUUAAAAAAGAAAAUUACAUUUCCGUUAAAAAAAAUAAGUUCCUUGUUUUGUGUGAAAAUAAUAAAGCUAAUUUACUUCGAGAUCAAAGAAAAUAUAGGAAUCUUGAAUUAAAUCAAAAGUAUAAUAAAAAUGAUAAAAGAAAAAAAAGCAUUUUUGAACACUGGAGACAAAAAUCUACAAAAAGUAUGCAAUGGCCAGUUAUAUUAGAUUUGCUUGUUCCAUCUUCAAGUAGAGGAACAUUUAAUGAAUGCAACAGAAUUAUUUCUAAUGUUGAACCUUCCUUAUUUUCUGUACAGAAUUAUGGAUGGAUGCUUUUAAAAUUAUUGCAUAUUAUAAUUAUAAAGUUCCGAAAUGUAACACCUUUGAAAAAUAUAAUUAAUGAAAUGAACAAAAAUAAUAAAACUAGUAAUUGCAACAAUGAAAAUUUAAAAGAUCAGUUUUCAUAUUAUUAUUGGUUUACUCAACCAAUGGAAUAUGCUCUUUCCUUUACGUUAACUGAUAUUACAAAAAGUAUAUGUAUUUGGUACUUACGAUAUAAUCGUAAAAUGAUAGUAAAUUCUUCUAGUUUUUCUCAAUUUAUAAAAAACUCAAUGAAUACACUAUGGAUUGAAAGUGUUCUAAGGUUGAUAGCUUUACAGAUAUGUUUGAGGGUAAAACCUUUAAACGACAGUAGAUAUGUAGUACCAUUCUUAUAUCAUAUGCUCACAAUUUGCCAGCCACUGCUAAGAGAAGUACAUAUAAGUAGUGACUAUUUGAAACAUAAUUUGUUUGGAGGAAAUAAGAAAUUAUUUUUUACGGACAAAAACAAUUCCGUUUUCAAAGUAAAAUGCUCUUAUUGUCACAAAUCUAUAACAACACAAACUAAAGACAGAACCUCAAAAAUUUCUCAUGUCAGCAAAAAUUUUAAAAAUAUAAGAAAAGAGAAUUCUGUUGAAAUGUCUACAAAGAGAACUUGUAAAAAUGAAGUAACAAAUAAUUUGAUUGAUGUAAAAGGGUAUAUACAUUCGGAACACAUACAAAAAAAACAAAAAAAAAUUAAGCAAAAAAUUAUUAAAAUGAGAAAUUAUAAUUCAUCAGAAGAACAUGAAAAUGAAGUGAUACUUGACAAUGUAAUAACAGGAAUUGUUAUAUACCAUGCAAUUAUAGAAGAAAAUGUACCUAUAAAUAAAAUGAAGAUUGUACAAAAUUUAAAUGGUUUUAAAAUAAAAAAGGAAUAUUCAUAUGAAAACCAGUAUUGGGCUUUAUGUACUCAGCAAUAUAAGAAUUCAUCUUUAUAUACCUUACCUUUAAGAAAUAUCAAUAAAUCUAUAAAAUAUACUAACAAAAAUAGCUUCAUGGAUAUCAAUAAAUUUAAUUCGUGUUAUUGGUAUAUUAGUGGAGAUCCAGUUUAUAAUAUUUAUGGUAAUGCUAAAACUAUAUCAGACGUACAAUUAGAAAUAUGUACUAAUAAUGAUUACGAUAUAACUGCACGAUCUUUUCUUAAAAAAAGUAAUUAUGAAUUGGAGUUUUCAGUUAAUACAGAAUCAAAUGAUGUAAUGAAUAUUUGGGUAAAAAGAAAAUCAAUAAUUAUAAAUAAAGAAUUAAUAGAAUGCAGUGACCCCAACGCAAUUAGCUCUAUAGUAGAUUUACAAAAUAUGGAAAAAAAUAAGGAAAAUGAAAAAAUUUCAUUAAAGAGUAAAUUCAAUAAUUGUAGCAAAAAAAUAGAUAAAUUAAAUAAUAAUAAGAAUAAUAAAUUACAAAACAAUGAAAAUGAAGACCGAGAAUAUUUAUCAGAACAUUUUUGUGAAUGUAAAAAAUUUUCAACAGAUCAAGAUUUUUCUAAUGAUAACAAUGACUAUUCUUAUAAAAACACACGCUCCGAAAAAUGUAAAAAAGAUGAUAAUACAAAUUAUGAUCAAAAUGAUAAUUUAAAUUAUAAAAAACUAAAAUUAAUAAGUUGGAAUUUAAUUAAAACAGUACUUUGGGGGAUACUGGUUUCUGGAGAAAACAUGGAAAUUGAUAAUACCAAUCAAGUAGUAGCAGAAAGUACUACUAAAUAUAUUAAAAAGAAAAUUUGUAACAUUCCUGGUGAAUUAGAUGAAGAAUAUAAUUAUAAAAAUAAUUAUAAUGAUUAUAAAUCUCAAUUCCAUUCACUUCAACGAAAAAGUCUCAUAGAAUCAGUACUAAAAAUGAUUAUGUCAGUUUUAAUCAAAUUAUGCAAUAUUGUAAAAAUAUAUAAUGAUUUAACAAAAAAUCAAAAAGGCUCAUUCUAUAUUACUGUUAAUAAUACAAAAAUAAAUAAGCAGCAAAUACAAGAUUGUGAGAAAAUGAUAACCGAUUUUUUGUAUUCAUUAAUUAAUUGUGUUCAGAACUCGCCAACUGCUGCGGUUACACUUCUUAAAUGUUUCCUAUUUGGCCAAGAUAAUCCUACUUAUCGUUUUAAAAAAUUGAAUAAACUAAAUAUAAAUUGUGAUUUGUAUAAGUUAAUUACUGAAUGCAUAAAAAAGGCUCCUAAUGACUCUGAUGAAAUAACUGUUUUUUUUAAUAGAUAUUUUGAUAAUAAUAUAUUGAAUAAUUAUAAUAUUGAUCCAAAAAAUUACACUAUAAACCAAGAAAAAAGCAUGAAUUAUAUCGUGGAUAGUUCUUUAAAGAAUAAUAUUUACAAUAUGAAUUGCAACAAUGUUGAUGAGCCUUCAAAAGAAGGUAUUAAAUAUAAUAGUUCUAUCAAAAAUAAAGAAAAAGACAUAAGCAUAUCAAAUUUUUUUCUUAAAUACUACGAUUUUAAUAUGAGAAAAAAUUACAGCCAAAGUAAAUUGCAUGGUUUUUUUUUAUUAAAGUGCUUACCUCCAAUUAAAAUGUUUCCAAAGCAGUUAAUUGUUCAAGAAACAAAAAAAUUAUUUCAUAGAGAAAUGAAUUUUAUGAAUGAAAAUUAUGAAUCUAUAUUUCAUGAAAAUAAUGAUAAAAAAACAAUGAAUACUAUUGAAAUAUCUCAAAAUAAUAACUUACAAAUAAAUUCAAGCUCUAAGGAAACUAUUUCUCCUAAUGAUUAUCAAAUGAAUGGAAGUAUAAUCAAUAAUGAAAGAAAUUCUCAAUGUAAUAGUACAAAUAAUAUAUUAAGAUUAAUACCAAGAAUAUCAUAUAGAAAUCAUCCUUUUGAUGAAUUGCCUCAGUCCGAAUUUUUUAUGUCUAGUAGAUCAUCUGAUGAUUUUGAAGCUCAUAUGGAAGGAAGAGUUUUGAGAGUUUUACGUGGUUUAAAUUUAGGAGGAGUAGUUUUAUGUUUAGCACCUCUUACAUUUCCAGCCUUAAAUAUUGGACCAAAUGAAGUAAACGAUAUAAUUAAUUUUCGUAUACAAACGAGAGGACGUUUUGGUGUAACAGUUGCACCAGCUGAAUGUGUUUUAUCAAAUGUUUCUGAAGUAUUUGAUAGAAAUGAUGUUGUUGGAUUCCGCACUAAUAUGUGUCCUCCAUUUCGACAUGAUGUAUUUGCAGCAAAUGUACAAUAUGAACUAGGAGAUUUAUUAAGUGUAAAAUUUAAUGUAGAAGAUCAGCAAAAUCAAAAAUGCUUAAGGACAGAACUUAUGGUUUCAGGAGUUAGUAUUGGAUCAGUAUUAGAAGUUCUUUUUGAAGCAGAUUCUCAAAUUGAAUUUGAAAGAAGAAUGAAUUUGAUAUUUAUUUUUCAAGAUCCAUUGACUAUUGUGUAUGAAGGACCAACAUUUACAAUGGAAUAUGUAGAUCCAAGUACAAAAAAUUCAAAUAAUUCAAGAAUGGAUGAAAAAAAUGUAGAUGAAGAAUAUUUAAAUGAAUUUAAUCCAUUUUCUGGAUAUGAUAAAAAAAAUAUGAAGAAACAAUUAAAAAAAAUGAAGCUGAAAAAAAAAGAAUUCUAUGAAUCUGUAAAACUUUAUCAGUCAAUUCUUGAUUCAGACAAUGAAAUAUUAAAAGAUCUAAAACAUGAAGUUAUAAUAAGAAUGAAUUCCACUUUAACUAGCAUAGUUCCAUAUUUAAGGCAUAAUUCAUCACAUUAUUUAUUUUCUGAAAAUGAGUAUCCACGUGUUAUUGAUUUUAUACAAUCUAAAACACAAGAAUUUACAUCCCUAAAUAAUUUAUCACAUGAAGAAAAAAUGAAAAAUGGUAUAUAUAAUUGUUUUAGGAAGAUACUUUCUGGUAAAGAUAGCAAUGAAUUCAUAAAAGAAAAAGUACUUAAAUCAUCCUCUAGUGAUAAAAGUAAAAAUAAUAAAACAAAUGACUCUUUAAAAAAAAAAUAUAAUGAAAGUAUGAAUUUAUCUUAUGGGGAACAGGAAAAUUAUAAUAUCAAUAAUUUUAAAAAUAAGAAUAUAUUAGAUAGAAAUAAUAAUAGUAAUUAUGAUAAUAAAAAGGAAUCUAAUGAAUAUAACAUAGAAAACAGUAAAAUAACUCAAGAGAAAAGUGACAAUUCUUCAUGUUUAAAUCAGAAUUCUUCGUUAAAUAUAAAUAUAUACAACAAAUAUAAAGAUAAUCUAAAUUUAAAUAAAUUAAUAAGAGAAGUUUUAUCUAUAAUCUGUAUUUUAGGAUUAAAUAUAAAUGGAAAACCAAAAGAAAAAAAUAGGGAUCAGAAUUUUGACGAUACAAAAUCUUUUUAUAAUGAACUUCCAUGGCUAUCAAGCUUAUCAGAUUUAAAAAAUUCAGUAACAUAUGGUUUAGAUAGAAAAUGUAUCGAAUUAUUUUUUUGUAAUUUGGUUGAAAUUAUAUGUAGUAAGGUAAUUUUAAGUGCAAUUCUGAAUUUCAUUACUCAUAAGAUGCAUAAAAAUGAUUAUGAAGAUCAUAGUAGCAAAGAUAAAAAUAGCAGUAGUAGUUUAAAAACUAAUAAAAAAAAUAGAUAUAAAUAUAAAAAUCUAAAUACACUUGAAUCAAAAGAUAUUUCUGAUGUAGAAAGUAAUAUUUAUAAUCAAAAUAAUAUAUAUAAAAAAAAUACUAGUAAUAGCACAAAUACCUUAAAAACAAAUAGCGCAAAUGAUAAUGGAUGCUUGAAUAAUAGCGUUACAUCAGCUAAUGCAAACAGUAAUAAUUAUAAUUCAUUAAUGAAUUCUAUUUUUAUGGAAGAAAACGGAUCAUUAGAAGAAAAUGAAGUAAAUGAAACUUAUAAAAAUAAAGUGGAAAUUUCAUGUAAAGAAAGGGAAAUAGAGAAAAAUUUAGAUGAUAAAACCAUAGAUUUAAAAAAUAGUUCAUUUGGAGAGAGAAUGUAUAAAUAUUCCUUUUUUGAAUAUAGUUUAUGUCUAAUAGGAACAAAAGCAAUAAUGUGUUGCUGUAAUUUAUUGAGAACUUUAUUAGAUAUGAAUCGUGAUGGAAAUUAUGAACCUAAUGAGGCAGUUUAUAGAUCUUUUAAAAAAAUGCUAAACUUUAUUAGAAUUUUCUUUUUUGUCGAUAUAGGAAUUAGUGAUGUUUUAAUUAGGCAUUUCUCUGAAAAAAAUUUUAUGGAAAUUGAUUACUUAUUUAGCAGAAGCAAAAGUAAAGAUUCUCAAAAUAGUAAUAUAUCUCCAUUUAUAAACAGUUUUGAGAAUAAAACUCCACAAAAUACGAAGCUGUUUUCUAAUAACUCAAAGGAUGAUUCCAUUUAUAGUAAAGACACUAAUUUUUCACCUUUUUAUUCAUCAAAAGGAAAUAACUUUACUAAGGAAAAUACAAAAAAUGAAUACAUAAACAUAUUAGAAAUAGCAAACAUUUGUGGAAUCCCGUCUGAUUUUCUACAAUAUUUUAAUAUAUAUAUUCCAAAAAUUAAAAAUCAGCAGGUAAUAGCACAAAACGAUACAUUUGACUUAUGGAUUUACAUCAUGAAUCUUUUAAUUUGCUUUAAUAGCCAGCAUAAAUAUUCAUUAUGCUUUCCUUAUACUAAUAAUAAUUUUAACCCAAACUCCAUUAAAAAUACACUCUUUGAUUUUGAAUAUACUAAUUCAUACUUUUCCAGUAGAAUUGUACGUAAAACAGUUAAAAUAUAUGCUUCAUGGUUAUUAAAGAAAUAUUUAAUAGAUAUAAAUUGUGUUAUGGCAUUGUUAUUACCGAAACUGUUUAUGGAUGAAUUAAAGACAAGUCUAACAAGAAUAAGUAAAAAAAAAUCAAAGGAAGAAAUAAAUAAAAUUUAUAUUGAUAAUUGUGAUAAUAAAAAUGAUAAUUUAGAUUUAUGUAAUACUAUGAAAGUAAAUAUGAAUAAAAAGGAAAGAAAAGAAUGUUUUUUAAAGGAAUCAGAUAAAAAUUGUGAAACAUUAAAUAAUGCAGUGGAUAGAAUAUAUGAUUCCAUUAAUAAAAAAAAAGGAAGUGAAAAUGAUUUUCUUAAUUGCGAUUAUCGUAAUAUUGAAGAAAACAAGUCAUUGAAAGAUAAAAGUAAAGAAGAAAAUGAACAUGAAGUUCUUUGGAGUAAUGAUGAUUACACACAAAAUAAAGAGGAAAGCUUAAAUAUUAAAAUUAUACCUUGCAAAAAAAUUAAAAGAAAUAAAAAAUUACAUAACCUAGGUCUAUUAUUUAAUUUUGAAUCAAGGAAUAAAGAAGAAAUGUUAAAUAUAUUUAGCAUUAUGUAUUUGUUUCGUGUAUGUGUUUAUUAUCUUAGUAGGAGUAAAGAUUUCAGAAAAGAGGAUUACUGGCAAGGAUUUCAAGGGCAAUUAAGAAAUGCAAAAAUUAAAGAGAAUGUUUAUAAAUUACUCAAUGAAAAAAGUUCCAAUUCUUUGUUAUAUGGAUGGCAGAGAAUAUUCUAUCAAUGCAUUGUUACGUGGGAAGAUAAAGAUUUGGUAGAGCAACUAUUACUAAUAAUUCAAUCUGAAUUAUUAUAUCAUUUAAUGGGUUCAAUCGCUCAAACUAUGUCACCAAAAAGAGUUAAAGUAGAACAAUUUUAUGCUAUUUCACCUUCUGUUCAUGUUGCUCAUUGGAUGCUAGAUACUUUUGUUAGACACCCUUUAUGCCCAUCCAGAAUUAGAUCAUGCUGCAUUACUCCAAUAACAAUUACUUCUUUAUUUGGAUUAAUUAUGAAUGGAAAUAGACUUCCAAUAUUUUUAGGUAUAGAUGUAUGCAGAUUAGUUUACUGGUCUUCUAUAGUUUCUAUAUGGCAAAAUAGCAAUAUUCAUAAAAAAUAUAGGAAAUUAAAUAAAAUUGAUAUGUUAACUCAAUUUAAUAUUUGUACCGAAGUAAACACUGAUAAUGAUAACAUUAAUGAUACAUUAAAUAAUAAUUAUAUAAAAAAGAAAAAAGAAAAAUUUAAAAAUACAGAAGAAAAACUUAAAAGAGUAAAAUGCAAUUAUUACUCUUUUUUAAGUUAUAUAUUUCAGUGUGUUAAUAUGUGUGGAUCAUCAAUUUUUAAUCAAAUUAUAAAUUUAAAUAACGAAAAUAAUCAUAAAAAUAAUACUAGCAAAAAUAAAGCCAAUGAGAAUAAUAACAACAGUAUUAGAAAUAAUAAUGAUCAUGUUAACAAUAUUAUAGAUAAUUUGAACAACAAUAUUAAUGAUAUCUUAAACUGCAUACAGAAUUCAACUAAUAACAGGGUGUUAAACAAUAAUUUUAAUGGAAUCAGUAGUGUUAGUAAUGAAACUAUUUAUAAUUUAAACGCAGCCAAUAGAAGUAGCCCUAACAUUUCCUCAAACAAUAUUAACAAUAACAGUUUACAAGAAAAUACAGAAGCAGUUAAUACUUGUAAUGGUAAUAAUUCAACUGCCUCUAAUAGUUUAUACAUAAACCCAACAUGUGUAAAUGGAAAAAAUGAGAAAAAAACUUCAAAUAAUUAUUCCAAUUUUGAUAUACCUGAAAAUAAAGAACAAGGAAAAUAUGACUCUAUAAAAAUUAAUGCUGCUUUACUAAUUCAUUAUUUUGCUUGUGCCGCAUACUAUAUUAAAAGAGUUGAUAUAUAUAAUGAGAUGCAUUACUAUAAUGAAAAUAUACAUACGAAUUUUAAACAGUAUUGCUUAUAUUUGUAUGUUGUUGACCAUGUAUCAAAAAUAUAUUCUAAAUAUUCAAAAAAAAAUAAUAUAACAAAUUGUGUAAAAGAUAAUCAUGAGAAUGAAGAAUAUGAUUUUUCUGAUGUAAUUAAAAAAGAUCAAAAUUGCAAAUCAAAAACUACUUAUGAUUAUGUGAAUAAAGAAAAGACAACAAAUUGUUCAUUAAAUAACGAUGACUUUAAAAAAAACUCCUCGAAUAUAUGUGAUAAAAAUAAUUUGCUUGGAGAUUAUGAAAAUAUAGAAAAACAAUAUCGAAGAAAUGUCUUAGAUAAUCAUUAUGAAGGACAUUACCCAGAAAUGUUUGUUGAUCAUGUACUUCAUUUACCAAAAAAGGUUUCUGCAAAUGUUAUAAUUGAUAUUGAUGAAAAAAUACAUUACAUAUCUUCUUCUAAUUCAGAUUUUAUUAAAUUAAAAAUAAAAGAUAUAUUUCCUUUACCAAAAAAAAAGGAAGAUAUUUUUAUUCAGAAAUCAAAUUAUAUGGAAGGUAAUCAUAAAGAAAAUGAUAGUAGAGAUACAGUAGAAUGCAAUAAUAUUUCUCAAAAUGAUUAUAACAGCAUUGAAAAAAUUAAAAAUUUAAAUAAUACUGAAAAGGAGAUAAUUAAAAAGAUCUGCAGAAGAAAUUUUAAACGUCCUAAUAUAAUUUUUAGUGCAGAUAACGACUUCAAUUAUAUUUUACACGAAGUGAAAUUUAAUAGACCUCAAGAAUUUCUUUAUAUUGAAAAACAAUCCUUAGUUAAGGAUUUUGAUUUUGAUGAAAUAGAAAAAAUUAAUUUGGGUUCAUACAUUGAAUUAACUGAUAUAUAUAACUUAUCUUAUCCCUUUUUUUCAUUGGGAAGUUUUACAUUAUAUUCAGGAUCGUAUACUUCUUCGUUUACCCUAUCUCUAUCAUUGACUGAUAGCAAUAUAGAUAAAUUACAUGAACAUUUUAAUAUUUUACCUGAUAUAGAAAUUGGAGUAUUAAAUAUAAAAAGUUAUUCUGAAACAGAUGAUGAUAUAUAUGUAAAAAAUUAUGAUGAAAGGAAUAAUAAUGAAAUAGAAAAAUGUAACAAGGACAAUCUUCCACUUAAUAAACAAUAUUAUGAAAAGCAUAUUUCUUCUAAAGAUCACUAUAGAGAAAGAGAUAAUAUGAAUUAUAGCAAUAAAAUUUAUUCAAAAGUUAAUAGAAAAAUGGAUAAAACAUUAAAAUAUUCUUCUUGCUUAUCAAAAAAUAUGGAGAGAGAAGAUUAUAUUAGUAGAACAAAAAGAAACGAAUAUAAUUAUGAGUAUACUUUGAAAAAGAGUGCUUACAAUCUUCGUAAUAUAAAUAAACAUAGUAAGAAGCCUGUAGAAAUUUGUUUAAAUAAUAAAAAAAUUGAUAAGAUUAAAAAAUCUUUAAAAAAUUAUGAUAGUGAAGAUGGUGACAAUAACAAAAAUAGUAAAGAUGAUAUAUGCAAUAAUCUAUAUUCUGAAACAUUAUCUGAUAUUGGCCCUAUUAACCGAGAUAACUACUUUAUUCAUAGAAACAAAAUAAAUAAAAAAGUAAAUAUGAUUACUUUAAAUGUUCUAAAUGGUACAGUUAACUCUACAGGAUUAUUUUCUGAUAAUUCUAUUGAGAAAGUAAAUCUAUUAAUUUUGAAUAAAUUAACAGAUUCUGUAAAUAUUACAGUGAGAAUCAUUGGUAAACAAAUAAUAUGGUUUGUAAAUAACAUAUUAAUUUUACGUAAAGAAUUUGAUGCAGAAAUGAACGAAUUUCUGCCUUUAAUAAAAAUUUCUCCUAAAACAUCUCGAGAAGUAGAUGAAUUUAAUAAUUUUAAAAAUGCUUCUUUACACAUUAAAUUUAAUGAAAUGGCGCAAAAAACAUUUGUUACUCCUUUAUCAAAAUUUUACCUUAAAUUUGAAAAUAUUCAUAAAAUGAAAUAUAAAAAUGAUUAUAUAAAUACACAUGAAUAUUGGAACAAAAAUUUAUGGAAGCCUAAAUGCUUUGUAUUACCCGAUACUUCAACAACAAUAACAACAAUCAAAAAAGUAAUGCCUUUAAUAAUUCCACAAUCAAAUAAUGAAAUACUAAUAAAAUAUAAUAACCUUAAACAUGAGCAAACUGAUUGCAUAAGCAAUUUUUCUGACACUAUGUUUUUUACACCUAAUAUUCAAAUUAAAAGUAAACCAAUAGAUUUUACAUAUUAUAUGUAUUGUAAGCAUAUACAAGGAGAAAAAUGGAAAUUUUUAUCAUUUGAAAAUAUUAAUAAUAUACAAAAUAUAUCAAUUAAGAAUUAUUUUGGUUAUAUAAAUGUGUGCAAACAAUCAAAUAUGAGUAAGUUAGGUUUAAAUGGACUAAAUCAUUGUGAAAAGAAAUCCACAAAAACUAAUUUAAACAUUCAUAACAUAUCAAAUACACAUAAACCUUAUGCUAAAAUACUAGAAACAAAUUCAAAGAAAGAUAUACAAAAAGAGAAUUUGAAUAAAAUAAUUAAGGGUGACAUAAGUUUUCAGAAACAUCUAAAUAGAAUAAAUAAAAAUAAAGAUAUUAGCAUAAACACUAAAAGCAAUCUAGACCUUAUAAAUAAUUUAUUUUUAAAAAAUGAAAACAAAUGUAAUGAAAAAAAUAACAAUUUAACUAGUAAUAUAUGUUCAAAAGCAAAUUACUAUGAAUUAGCUGAUAAAAAUAGAACUCAUUACACAUCUUAUUAUCAAGAAUUUAUCCCAGAAGGUAAUACAAAAGAUUAUAUCCAUAGUAAUUAUAUUAAUGAUUACAUUACCACAAACAAUGAAAAUAAUUUACAUAUAAAAUAUAAAUUUAGUAAUUUUCCUAAAAUUAAAAGGGAUUCUUCUCAUAACAUAAAGUAUAGCUCAAUACAAGAAAUUGACUCCUCACAAUACAAUACAGAAACUAUAUAUGAUAAGAAAAAACAAAAGCAAAAUUUUAUUGAUAUAAAUCAUAAAAAGAAAUAUAUAAGUAAUAAAGACAGUUUUAAAAAAAAUCUAAUAAGUGAUAACAAUUAUACAUUUAUAAGCAAGUUCCAUAAUACAAAUCAUACGAAUAAGGUAUGCAUGAAUAAGAGUCUAUCAAAAAAAUAUAGAUACAAUGAAGUUGAUAAAAUCACAGAUAAUUAUAAUUUUAAUGAUUAUAAUGAUUGCUCAAGUAACUGUUGUAUGUAUUAUAUAGGUUGUAAAGAAUUUAAGUCAUGCAUAAAUUCAUAUGAUUCUAUUUUCCCCGCAGAACCUUUUAUUUUUAAUUGCACCGUUCAUUUUAAUGAAUAUAAUGAUCACAAUUGUGACAACAAAUAUAAAAAUUCUGUUGGUAUCAUAUGGGGCAUUUAUCGUUGGCUAUGGACAAGUAGCGGAAAUUUCAUUUGCCCAUUAAGACUUCCUUUAUGUGUUUCAGAACUUCCAUCUGAUAAAAUAGAAGAAUGCGAAAUAAAUGUUGUUGGCUUUAAAUCUAAUGAUAAUUUAUGCAUAGAAUUUCAACCCUUGUAUCAAAGUUUAUUUUUUUAUAAGAAUGGAAAUUAUGAAUUUGGAUUUAAAUUUGAUACUUUUUAUAAUUAUAGGAAUAAAAUAAAUAAAUCAUUAAAUGAAAAUAAUCAGGAAACAAAAAUAGCAGAAAUAAGGAAUGCAUCAAAAAUAUCAUGUUCUAGUGACAUGAGCAAUAUAAAUCUUAAUGAUUUGAGCAUUAAGACAAAUGUAGAAAGGAGAUAUAGAAGUACCAUAAACAGUAAAAAUAUUAUACAAAAAGAUGUAUUAAAAAUUCAAACUGAAACGGAUAAAAAUGAUAAUAAUAAUAAUAAUAUUAAUAUCAAUAAUUCACAUAUAUACUUAAAUAACUCUUUCAAUUCACUUUGUAAUUUUAAAGUAAAUAAUUCAAAUACAUAUUUUACUUCUAACGAACAAAAAAUCAAUAAGAGAAUUAAUGGAACCAACAAUAUAAAAACAAAAGAAAAAAUAUUAAAUAAGGAUUUAAAUAAUUAUUCUGAUAAUAUAAUAGAAGAAAAUCAAAAUGGAACUGUAGUAAGAGUAAAAAAUCAUGUUAAUAUGAUCAAAUUGUAUAACUCCUUAUUAUUAAAUGAUUGUACAAGUGUUACUUCUGUUUUGAUUAAUAAUCCAGAUUUAUUAUCAAAAUCAAGUGAAGAUCAAUCAGAAAUAUCAUUUGAACGUUACGAAAUAAACAAAGAAAAAUUUCCUUAUGAACUUAUUACAUCCAUGAAAAAUAUUAAAUACGACAAACAUUUAACACCAUUAAUGUUAGCUUGUAAAAUAGGGUGUGAAGAGUGUGUACAAAAUAUUAUAGAGUUAGGUAAAGUAAACCCUAAUAAUUAUUGUUAUAAAAUGGAAAAAGAGACUCCUCUAAUGGUUGCAGCCGAAUAUGGAUAUAGUAGAAUUGUGUGCAUGCUAGUCUGUAUGUAUGGUGUAGAGAUAAAUAAAAAAGAUUCUAAAGGAAACACUGCUUUGCAUAACGUUUUAUUGAAUUCUUGUAAUAAUGAAGGGAAAAAAAAUUCCAUUUUUAAAAUUGUUCAAUUGUUAUUAAAGUUGGGUGCUGAUAUAACCAUUAAAAACAAAAAAGGUAUAUCAGUAGAAGAAUUAGCACAAACAAAUUCUAUAAAAGAUAAAAAAGUUGAAAAUUUUUUAAAAAUGUGGACAAGAUUAUCUUUAAAAAGUAAAAAAGAAGAUAAAAUAAGCUACAUCAAUAAGGACAUUAUACCUGGUUUGCUGUCUAAUUGUUCUAUAGUUGUGGGAUUUCCAUUAUAUUCAACAAAUAAUUUAAAUAGUGUUUCAUCGAUUAAAAUUAACUCUUUUGUUGUAGGAGGUGAAGAGUUAGCUUGUCUAAAAAAUUGUACAAAAAUUAAAAAUUAUAACAAUUGGAAUAUAAGAAGAAAAGAAGAGGAGUAUUACAGCCUCGAUAAUUCUCCUAGUUCUUCAAUUUCAGAGUUCUACAACUUAGAGAAAAAAGUCAAAGAAGAUAGUGAAAAAUAUGAUGCUUCAAAAUGUAGUGAAUUUCAAGAUGAUUUUUCAUAUUUGCAGGAGAGAAACGGAAUAAGUAAAAAUUGCAUUCAAGAAAAAAAUUCAUUUCAUUUAAAUACAUAUACAGAAUAUAAAAAAAAAUAUGAAACAAAAAAUGGAGACGAUAUAGAAUUUAUGGAUAAGAAAAAUCAAGAAGAUUAUACUAAAGAAAGGGAUAAUAUGUUAUUUGAUUCAAAAGAUUAUAUGAAUUCAUUAUUUGAAAAACAUAAUAAUUCUUUAUAUUUAAGAAAAUAUAGUAAAACAGACAAUAUUAAUAAUAUUGACAAUUCCAAAAUUUCAAAUGAUGUUUUAUCUAUGCAAAAGGAAUAUUCCAAUGAUACAAAUAUUUAUGGAAAUGAGAAAUGUGCAUAUAAAUGGAAAAAUAAAAAUGAAAUGAAUUAUAAUUUACUCAGCUGCAAGGGAAAUAACUAUUAUAAUAAUAUAGGAAUAGAAAAAAAAGAAGAUAAGAAUAAUAUACAAAACCGAAUGAACUCUAAUAGUAUUAAAUAUGGUACAACAACAAAAAAAAAAAAUAAAUGUGCAAAUAACAUAUUAAAUUAUAUAAUCGUUCAUAAAUAUUCUAAUAAAGGGCAUAUGUACUCUCAUAAUAACUUUAUAGAUGAAAAGAAUCACAGAAAUCUAUUUUUAGAAAAGGAAACUAAAAAUAAGGAAAGGAAAAAUAAUAAAGAUAAUGCAUAUAUAAAAAAAGAAAUUAAAAAAAGUUUUGUAUUUUCUAAAUUAAGAAAUAAUAGAUUUAAUUAUCAAGAUUUAAAAUUCUACCUAACAGAAUUUAUUAAUAAAUCAGGUGUAUUUUCUGAUGUUUUAAAAAAUAACUAUUUAGAUUCAAAAGAUGUUCCUAAAAUUGAUGAACUAAAAAAUAUACUACUGAAAGUUAAAAAUGAAUUGGAAAUAAUUAAAGGAUUCAAAAUAUUUUUAGAAUUAUUUAAUUUUCUGUAUGUGGAUGAAAGAUUAAAAUAUUUCUUAAAUAUUGAUUUAGAAAAAAAUUUAGAAAGUUCUUAUAGUUUAAUUGAUCUAGGUUAUAUUCUUCUAAAAAUUGAUAGUUUUUGUAAUAUUUUUAAUAGUUUCAAAUUAAAAUGGAAAGAUAAUGCACAUAAUGAAUGGAAAAAAAAAUUAUUAAAAGGAAUUGGGAUAUACAAUGAGUUUUAUAAUGUUAAAUGGAUAACGGAUUCUUAUACCAUUUUUAAGUACGAAGACGAAAUUUUAGAAUCCGCUUCAUUUAUAGAUAAAAUAUUACAAAAUGGUAACAAUUUGAUAUUUUAUAAUAGUAUAAUGAAUAUAAUAGAAGAUAAAAAUGAACUUUUAAAAAAUGCUUUGUAUGAUUCGCAAAUAUUUAAUGAUAUACUUAAAAGUAUAGACAUCGGAAAUUUAAAUAAGGAAACUGUUUUAUAUGAUUUUUGUUCUAAUAAAAAUAUUUUAAAAAAAAUUUUCUAUCCAGAAAAUAACAAGCGAAAUAUUAAUGAUAAUGACGCAAAUGGGAAUAAUGAGAAAGAUAAAAAUUGCCUAAAUGAUUAUUUUAUAAAUAAAAAAGCAAAAGGAAAUAAAGAAUUAUACUCUUCAUAUCAUGAUGAUGAAACAAAUAAAGGCAUAGAAAAAGAGACUAGAAGAGAUUAUUCAUUUGAUAAGUCUAUAUAUAAAAUUGGUUCAAAGCAAUAUAUUCCGAUGUUUAAAAAAUAUGUGGAAUUAUAUAAGGAUAUAAAUGAUAAUAAUAAUAUAAAUAAUAUUAAUGAUAUUGUAGAAGGUAAAGGUAGUGAUCAUAGUAUCAUAGAUGAUAAUACUGUAAGUAUUAAUAAAACCCCCAAUACUGAUAAAAAAAAAAGUGAAAAUUAUUACAUAUUACGAAAUAAAAUAUCAAAUUAUUAUUCAAGUAAUAAUAAAAAUGAAUUCUUAAAUAUUAAUGAAAAUAAUGACAUAGAAGAUAAAAAAAUAAAUCCAAGUUCUACACUAUCUAUAAAAUUAGGGGAUCUUAUAGAUAGUAACUCAAAACUUAAUGAAGACAUAAAUGAAAUUUUCAAUUAUGGAAAAUUCAGGAAUAUUCAUAAGAUGUUCCAAACAAAGUAUGGACGAGAUAAUAAUACAAAUAAUGAUUCUCCAUUUGAAUCUUCAAGUGUUUUACUAAAUAAUAAAAACAAAAAAUAUAUAGAUAAGUUUACAAGUAAAGAAAAUAAUAAUUUAAUUAAUUAUAACAAUAAACAUGGUGAUAUUAAUAAUUAUAAUCAUGAAAAUAUCCUUUUCAAUAACAAAAAUAGGUAUAAAAAUGGUAAAGAACAAAAUAACCUGAAUAAUAUUCCUAAUAAAUCAAGUUUAUAUCCUUUUAAUUACUCCAAUAAUAUAACUUUAAAAAGCCCUUUAGAUGAAAGUGUUUAUACUGAAAGUUCAAGUGAUAAAUAUGAAAGUGAAGAAAGUGAUUUUGAUUUAAUGUGUGAAAUGGUUUUUACAUCAAAACCAUGUGAAAACGAAAUAAUAAGAGAGAAAUGUAAUAAGAUAUGGCCACACACAAUAGAUACAUAUAUACUUCAUAUAUAUGAUUUAAUAAGUAGUUAUAUGGAUUCCCCUGAAAAAGUAAGUUUAUUUAUUUAUCAUGCAUUUGAUAUUGAAAAAAUAAAAAAAAAAUUACCUAGCAAAACGUCACAAUUAUGGAAAAGAAUAAACAUGUCUUUAGAUGAAUUUAUUGAAGAAAUAAAAAAAGUUCAUAAUUUUACAAUGAGGAUUAUAUAUCAAAGUAAUUAUAAAAGAUAUCGUAUGUUGCCACCAAAUUUUAAAAAAUAUUUUGUUCUUUCUGAAGAAUCCUUAAAAAAUGUUACAAAAAAUAAAAUAGUUAUGAGCAUAGAAUAUUACAAAAAUCAUAUUCAUGAGCAAAAUAAAAAUUUGUUUUUAAAAAUUAUACAAGAUCGUAUAACAUUAUUAAAUAAAUUUAAUUGCUACUUUGAAUCUUGCUUUCCAAUAACAGGAAUAUUAUUCAAUAAACCUGAAAUUGAUUUAGAAGAACAAGGAUUGAGGACUCUAGAAUGCCCCCUAUGUUUUUUUAUGAGUAAUGAUAAAUAUUUUCCUUGGGAUAUAAAAAAAAAUAAAAACGACUUUAAGUAUAGUAGCAGUUAUAUAUCUCAAGUAAAAGAUGAAUCAUAUAGUAAUAUAAUUAAAAAUACAUCUAUGUUAAGCGCAAAUAAUAAUUAUAUGAACGUAUAUAUAAAUGAAAAUUAUAAUUAUUCUACUAGAUCCCAUAAUUUGAAUGAUUUAAAAGAAAAUAAUAACAAUAUAAUCAUAGAAAAUUCUCAAAAUACAAAAAAGAAAUGGAAUAAUUUAGGAGAUAUAGAUUAUGAAAAAAAUAAUAACGGUGAUUCUUCAAAAAAAAGAAGCAGAUAUAAUAUUCUUGAAGAUAAAAGAGAAUCGUUAUCUAAAAAUAAUGUGUCAUAUAAAAAUGAUUCCAGUAGUUAUAUUAAUUGCUCUAAUAAAGACAACUCACAUUCUAAUUAUAUGGAAAAAAAAUUAUUUUUCGAUAAUUCAGAAAAUUUACAUAAAUUAAAUGAAAUAAUUCAUUUAUAUAGCGAUGAUAAUGAAAAAGAAAAUUCAAAUGAAACAGUAAUAGAUUGUUUUAAGUAUUGUAAGAAUACCUAUUCCUCUAGUAAAAUGGUAUUAGCAAUGGGGUCAUCUGAUUUGCCUGUACAAUUAUCUUCAUACUUAUUUAUUAAAAAACUCCUUAAGCAUGAUACUAUAUUAAAGUUAUGGAAAGAAUGCUUGAAAUAUAUUACUGUAUCUAAUUCAGAAAAAUCUAAUUUAACAUUAAGGAUAGAUAGAGGUAUGGCUGCGACAGCAAAAAAUAUUGCUCAUACUAUGUGGUAUCAAAGCACUUUUUCAUUAUUAAAUAUAGAUACUCAUAAACUUAGAGGAAAACCAAGAGAUAGACCCUUUAUGGUUGUAUUUAUAGGAGAAGGGGCAACCGAUUUUGGUGGACCUUUUCAUGAAUAUCUUUCAUCAAUUUCAAGAGAAGUUAUGGGAAAGUUAUCAGAUUCUCCGGAUAAGAGUUUGCCUGUUUUUCCUUUGUGUAUCCCUUCCCCAAAUUAUACACAAGCUAUAGGAGUACAUCAAGAUACAGUAAUAAUUAAUCCCAAAAGUACCCCAUACAUAAUAAAAGAAUCAGAUUACGUUGGUGAAAUAGAUUUCAUUGAUAAUUUGGAGAAUUAUAGAUGGCAAAUAUUAUAUAUAUAUAAUUCUAUUAAAGAUAUAAAAAAGAAAUUACAAAGAUCUCAUAAACAAAUAUAUUCAAUGUUUAAAAAUAUCCAAGAAGCUAAUUUUUCAGAGGAAGAUAUAAAAAAAAACAGAGAAGAAAUUUAUACACGAAAUUGUGGAGACAAAGUUCAAACAGGAAAUUUUUCUAAUUUUAAUAAUACAAUAAAUAAUAAUAAUAACAAUUACAAUCAAAAUUCGAAUAUAAAUAAUGAUGAUAUAAUUGCAAAUAACGAUUUUCCUAAUGAUGAAACUAAUAAUAACGAGCAUAUACACGAUAACAAUUUAAGAAAGAAUUAUGAUAAUAGUAAUAUGAAUAACGAUAUGAAUGAUGUAUUAUUAAAUGGAAAAUUUCCUCCAAAAAAAGAUGAUAAAAAUAUAAUUAGCAAUAAUAUGGAUAAGGAUAAAGCAUAUCUUUUUAGUAGCAAAAAGUCAGUUACCUUUGAAAAGCUGGAAGAAAAUAAUAAAACACCUUUCCAUAUUGAUAAUCAAUACAACAAUUAUUUCUAUGAUAAUUCCAUGUACGACGAUGAUGUCCUUGAAAUUAUAAACAAUGCUUCCUUGAAAUCAAGAAAAGCUUUUCUCGAUAAAAUAUUAAAAAAAAAAAAAAAGGAAAAUAAUGAUACAUUACAAAGAGAAAGUAAAAAUGAAAAUGAAAAUAUGGGAAAUAAUUUAAAAGGUAAUAAUAAAAAAUCGAAGGAUUCAAAUAAAAACAACUUAAAUAAUAUAGAAUAUGAUGAAAAAACUAUGAAAGCAAUGGAAUUAGCUAUGUAUGAAUCCUUAGGUAGAGUUAUGGGAAUGUGUGUUUGUAUAGCAUCAACAUUAAAUAUAUGUUUUAACCCUAUAAUUUGGAAGAAAAUUUGUGGGAUACCUUUAGAAUUACAAGAUUUAUGUGAUUAUGAUUUUGUUGCUGUUGAAAUGUUGAAAACUUUAAAAAUGUUAAACUCUGAAAAGACGAAUGGAUGGAAUAUAGAACUAAAACAGUCCUUAGGAGACAUGACUUUUUUAACAGAAGAUUCUGGGGGUAAUUCUAUUGAACUAAUAAGAAAUGGAAUUAAUAUACCGAUAAAUUUUGAUAAUUUAGAGCUUUUUAUUCGAUUAAUGACUAGAUGCAAAAUGAAUGAAUCAUCUAAAGGGAUAAGACAUUUACUAAAAGGAUUUAGUUCUGUUAUACCAUUAGGUAGAAUAAGAUUAUUAUAUGAGUUUAAGGAAGUAGAACAUAUGGUUUGUGGUGAAAGAGAAAUUGACUUAGAAGUAUUAAAAGCACACACAUGGUCAAAUGAUUUAAGAAUAAAAGAUAAACUUUUUACAGUACUUGAAGAGUUUACAAACGAACAAUUACAAUCAUUUCUUAGGUUUGUUUCAGGUCGCUCAAGAUUGCCUACAACAAAAAAUGAUUGGUAUAUGAUUAUAGACGUGGAAACUGUUAAUCAUAAUAUUAAUCAAAUAGAUCAAAGAUUACCUACAGCCGUUACUUGCGGUUUUCGUUUGUUAUUACCUCAAUAUUCUUCUUUAGAAAUUUUAAAAGAAAGACUGUUGUAUGCAAUUAAAAAUUGUACUGCUAUUGAUUUAGAUGCAUAUGUAGUCCAUGAUCAAAUGCAAUUAAUGUAUGGAGAAUAA